GCCAAGAAACGCUCCACACAGAUGGCGAGAGAGAGAGAACACGGAGGUUGAUUUCUCCGUCUCUCUUUCAGAGGGCCCCGGCAAUAAGCGCGCUCUAAACAUUCUCUAAGUGGGUUGAUUGUGCGCUUGUUGACAUGUUUGUGUGCCUACGUGAAUGUAAGUGCAUAUUUAUGAGUGUGAGCAUACAGUGUGUGUCUUUCAGCGACUCAUUCUGCCUGCGGAAGCUACACGGGCAUUGUGAGGACUCGGCAGGGAGCUCUGCUCCCCUUGUGUUUGCCAGGAGCAGCUUUCCACCCACGGUGGGCAGGCAGGCGCGCAGGCUGGGCUGGCAUUCACUGGAUCACUUGGGUAGAAAGUAGGGAAGGCACACAGCCAUUCAUGGUAACAUUAUGCACAUGGGGAACAGGAAAGCUCUGGCGGAUCUUCUCCAAUUCUCUUCUUCACCAAAAGAAGAAAUGCUGUAAUUGGGCCGCCGCACCGAAAUAAGAAAUGUGCGCACAUACAGCACUUUGGUGCGGGGUGAAGACGACAGAGCGUUCUGCAGGUUCGAUAUGUGAUCGAUAAUAAAAAUAAUAAUAAUUUAGUUCCCUCCUAAAAAUCCGGAAACAUAUGCAGUUUGGAGGAUCAGGUUGGUGCCACACGACACGACAUUGGCAAGCCAAUUCAAAAGCGCACUAAUCCGCACUGACCAAUGAUGAUUGGCUCCUAUGCAGUUAACAGACAGUUGGGGUCGCCAGGAGUCCGGAGUGCAGCCCGACACGCUGGGAACCAUGUGUGCGUCAAAGUGCCCAUAUACAAGUUUCAUUCAUCAGAUGACAGCGACUCUUAAACGCCCCGUUUUAAACAAAUGCUAUGUGUAAUGUAACGUUAAUCUAAACCUUGUAGCUCUGCUGUGUUGUCGCUCUUUAUCACGGCUCAUCAGAGUAGAAACAGGAGAAUACAAACUGACGCCAAAUACAGAAGCGAAGAUUUAAAAGAAAUAGUUCAGAGCAAUUUGGCAGUAUUGUUGUGUGUUGUUGGCUGUCGGUCCUUUUCCUUCUCUCUCUCUCUCUCUCUCUUUUUUAAUCUUUCUCUCUUCCACCGACACACACACACACACACACCUCCCACCUGCUCUCUCUCUCUUUCUCUCUCUCGCUUUCCUCACACUUUUCCCAAGAUGGCGGCAGCCUCAUCCAUCCAGCCGCCGAGCGUUCACUCUUCUCUAGCCCGGGAUAGCGCACUUUCCCCGGAGAUGGACAGCCCCGAGAGCCGGCAGCACGAGGACGAGGAGGCGACGGCAGCGCAACCCCCGGACUCCGGGAUUAGCCUCCGUGACCUGCCGGACCUGGAGCCCGAGGAAAUCGAGAGGAGGCUGGCCAAAACUCGCAAGGAGCUGAGCAACAGGAGGAAAAUCCUCAUUAAGAACCUGCCGCCUGACACCACCAACCAGGAAGUCCAUGAAAUUCUGAAAGAAUAUGAACUGAAGUACUGCUUUGUGGACCGCAACAAAGGAACAGCUUUUGUGACUUUGCUGAACGGGGACCAGGCUCAGGAUGCCAUCCGCUCCCUCCACCACAGCACUGUCCGUGGGCGUUUGAUCAACGUCACCCUGCAGCCCACCGACUCCCUGCUGUGCCUCACCAACCUGCCCCACACCUUCACCGCCCAGCAGUUUGAGGAGCUGGUGCGCUCCUAUGGGAACAUCGAGCGCUCCUUCCUGGUGUACAGUGAGCUCACGGGCCACUCCAAAGGAUAUGGGUUUGUUGAAUACAUGAAGAAGGAUUCUGCUUCACGGGCCCGCUCGGAGCUUCUGGGCCGCCCAAUGGGGGAUCGCUCGCUAAUGGUGCAGUGGAUGGACGUCAACCAGCUGAGCCAGGAGGAAAACCUGCACUCCAAGUGUCUGUGCGUGGACAGACUGCCCCUGGACCUCUGUGACUCUGAGGAGCUAACCCAGCUCUUUUCCGACACGUAUAAACCCGUUUUCUGCCAGCUUGCUCAGGAUGAGGGCAGUCCAGUGCGAGGGUUUGGCGUGGUGGAAUAUGAGAGCGCCGAGCAGGCAGAAGCUGUGCUGAUAGAGAUGGACCGAACUCUGGUGGGAGGACAGGAGGUCCGUCUGUCACUCUGUACCCCUGGCACCUCAGGGAGAAGCACCUUGGCUGCACUCAUUGCUGCCCAGGGUAUGAUUCUAAGUAACAGGAAAGGUUUGCUACCAGAACCAAAUUUGGCUCAGCUGCUGACCAGUAUGACGAACCCCGCUGCUCUGCAGAUACUCAUGAGACCGUACCACACUGGGAAAAGAGGAGGAAAAUACGGGCGUCACACCAGCCUGCCGUUCCUCAGACCUCCCCUCACUACAGCCCUGCUCACACUGGGAAAAGCACACCAGAAUGCUAUGUUUGGAAAUGGACUAGUCCUCCAGAACCUUUUGCACAUGCAGCUGGCACAGCAACAGCUUCUACACAUCAAAGACAAACGCAUCAGCAGCGUCUCCAGUCUGCUCGGGGACCCGUCCAGACUGCUCAUGCAGAAAGCCUUGUCUCUGCGACCUCCAGGCCUCGUGCAGCUGGGGAAAGGCCUCCUGGGAGACUCUCCUACAGAGUUGGGACAGGAGUCAGUUCCAGCAUCUACCCACAAUGCCACAGUAGUGGUUUCAGCAGCAGGUGUCAUGCCGUACCUCCAGGGUCGGGCUGUAGGAGGAGACCUACCUAGCCACAGCACCCAUUCUGUGACUACGACCCCCUCUGCUUCCUCCUCUUCUUCCUCCUCUUCUUCCUCUUCCACCUCCUGUGACAACAGGCAGCCAGCUCCUCCAGGGACGAUGGUGAGCGCCCAACCACAGGGACAGAGCUAUUCCUUGGGUAUAAGUAACUCGGGCCUUGGCCCGCCUCCGCCUAAACCCCCUGGAGGAGUUUACACGACAACAGGCCAGCACAACAGCUCAGACAGCUGCCCCCUGGUAAACAGUGGACAGAGUUCUUUGUUGGGCGAUCCUCCUAAAGAAGUCAGGCUGCCUUCUAAUCCUUACCUAAACCUGGCAAGUGUAAUGCCAGGAGUAGUUCUGCAAGGCUCAGUGGGGAGCAAAGCCCAGGGAGGACAACCCAGCGCUGCAGUUUACAACAGCUCAGUCGCUCCUGUGGUCUCCCAGGGCUCCGGCUCCUACUCCCACAGUGCAGCAGCUACGACCGCUGCCCCGUACACCACAGAUUCCUCCACUGACUACAGCCAGUACAACCAAGCAUACACACAGGAGGCCAUGCAGCAGUGGUACCAGCACUAUCAGGCGGCACAAGCCCACAGCUACAGCACUGCUGCGCCACAGGAGAGCACGGCCGCAGACUACAGCAAGGAGCACACUCAGACUCCAGCUGUGUCCACCUAUGGAGAUUACAGUUCCUACAUGCAGGCAGUCACUCAAUACUACUCCCAGCCAGCAACAGCCAAUCAGGGCUACGCCAGCAAGGAGGUGGAGGUGUGUAAGCCUCUGGGAGUGUCUCUGCACGCGGUCAGUAAUGGCGCGGCUCCUCCCCCGGCCGUCCUACCUGCCGCCGCCGUGCUCCCAGCUUACAGCACGCUGCCCUUAAUGCCCGGCUUCCUCGGGGCACCGCACCCAUCUGCGGCCGCACCAAACCCUGUCACACACGCACACACCGCUGCUGCGGACUGGAACACCUACUACUAUAACCAGACGAGGGGCCAUAAGAGGGAGUAUCCUCAGCUGGCAGUGCAGGAAGUUACGGCAUCCGAUGCGGCCUACAUCGGGCAGCACUCGCAAGGCCUGGGGGGGCAGUACGCUGACUACUUUAAGAGGAAGAGGCUCUAGUUUGAACCGAACCACCUUGAAGCCUAAAAGCUUAGGGGAGGAAGGCGCAAACAGCUGGAUGUCUGCUGGAUGUCACAGCUCCCUCUAGUGGCCUUUCUGUGGCUGCCAUUUUGCAGUCCUACAAAAGUCAGUGUUGAGUUUGAAAGAUUUAGGUUUGCAGAUGGCUCGAGUGAAAUGAAGCCAUAGUGCUCUUUGAUCUUGGCACGUAUGUACACACACGCACUCACACAUAUAUAUAUACACACAGUGUUAUUUUUGUCCUGUUCAAGCCUUAACUCUUUAACUUAAGCUGUUGUUUCACAGUCAGUGUGUUAACUGUACUUAACUACUAUUAUCUUGUACAAUUUUUCUAAUAUAUCAUGUAAAUUGAAGUAUAUUGCAUCUGUAUGUACAAGCAGCUUUUGUAUUUGCAAGCAGGGCGGCCCGCCGUCUGCCUCUGAAACUGUCUUAGGACUGGCCAUGCAGC